AACAAGAUCGAGCGUGUGGCGAGCAUUUUAAAAACAACAAAUUCCAUAAUUGCACGUAUUAAAAGACAAAACAUAAUAAUGUAAAAAAGCUUCUCAGGUUUAGAAGCAUAGAAUCAAUAUAAAUAUGGACCACCCGCACGUUCGUUUGUAUCACAACUCUAAAGUGUUGUCACUCAACAAAAAGACAAUGGAGGACUCGAAGAAAUACAAGAGGAUGGUGAAGCAGACGAUGAAUAAGAAGAAGAGAAACAACAACAACACGAAUCAUGGGUCUGGAUCACGAUCCCGGUUACUACAAAUGAAGGUGAGGAGGCUCCAAAUACUGAUACCGGGCGGGCAGAGAUGCAACCACCCGGAUCUGCUUUUAUCAAAGACCGUUGAUUAUAUUGUGCAUUUGAAGUUGAAGCUUAGGUUCCUUAAAGCACUCUCCGAUAUGUACUCUCUUUGAAGAUCGUAUGAUUCGUAUUCUUCUUGUCAUCGAUCGGUACUAUAUAGCUAUGGUGUCGAAGUUUAAUUUUCCUAUAUAUCGAUAAUAUAUCGUUUGUAGUUUGCUUUAUAUGUCGUGACGUAUAUAGUUUGUCUAUAUUUAUAUAUAUGUUUUGUCAGAAAACUGACUAAAUUUGAAAUUCUACAAUAUGCUUUGUGAACUUCUUGGUUUUAUC